CUUCUUCAGUUACUCGCCGAGUGUGACGCGGUACUGACGCCUAUCGGGCAACUUUGCAAUCAUGCAUCGCAAGUGGAUUAUUUAGAUUUGUACAAUCGAGGGAUUCGUGUGCAUAUCGUCCCGCAUCGAGGGCGAACAAGGGGCGCUAUAAGACGCUGAAUUCGAGGUGCCUGCGAGUGUGCGUUUGCUGUUAAAAAUGUGUAGCUCGUAGCGACCGUGUCAGCCGCGCGCUGCGAGGCCGUAAGUUCGUUAGUUCGUGGAUUUAUUUCGUUUGUUUCUCGCCUGCCAGCCAGCAUCGUUGUCAUGGAGUCCAUAAGAAAAUGGUUCUACAGGCCGAAGAGAGACGACACAUCGCUGCUUGCGCAGUUUUUCUACGCCGAUGAAUCUUUGAACGCGGUUGCUUGCGAGUUGGAUUCAUUUGACGGUCGACAAGAACCGGAGAGAUGUACAACGCUCGUCAAUCAGCUGCGACAUUGUCAAGACAAAGUUUUGACGAUAUGCAAUCAAAUUAUGGACGACCUCAUUCCUGACAAUCGAGCAAAUAGAGAUUUUAGGGUCAAAUUUCCCGACGAUGUGAUGCAGGAAAAUCUUGCCGGGCAGCUUUGGUUCGGCGCCGAAUGUCUUGCGGCUGGUUCGUCUAUCAUCAACCGAGAAGCUGAAAGCUCCGCAAUGAGGCCACUCGCCAAGGCUCUUACCAAGUCUUUGGAAAUUGUUAGAAAUUUACUCCGAGAUCACGCUCUCAAGGGUCACAUGAAUCUGAAGGCUCAAAACCCCCUGGAACCGUCGUUAGAGAAGCUGAUCGAGUCACUGAAGAUAUUCGAUCGUUUGUUCGCCGAUUUUGAGUUAUGUUACGUCGGAGCUAUGGUUCCAGUGAAAUCAACCAAAGAGUACGAACAGCAGGAGCUCGUUUGUGUCCUAUUUUCGGAAACACUUCAAAGAGCCCUCGAACGAGGUCUGUUGAGGCAGGCGGAUGUGGACAACUAUGAACCGGCUCUGAUGUUCACGAUACCGCGAUUGGCGAUAGUUUCUGGCUUAUUAGCGCCUCCAGGAGGACCGUUGUGCUUGAACUCGGCCGAUACUCUGAGCGAGAUGUUCAGACCGUUUAGAACCUUACUUUUGAAAAUAAGGGAGCUACUCUGGACUUUGAACAAUCGGGAGUUGUACAUGCUGGAGAAAUUGCUUUGCUCGAACGAAGAACCGUCAGCGCCUUUGACGCAAGGGACGAAAUCAAUUUGCCAAGAUUUUCCUGACCUCGAGGAAUUUGUACAUAACUUUUAUACGGGGUAUCCAAAUUGUAAAGAGUUCAUUGUUGAUUUUUAUACUGUGACGAAAAAUACUGGGAACAAUAUGGACGAAGUGGCGAACGACGCUGUUCAAAUAAUUGACGAAGACUGUAAUAAUAUGACUGAUGAUACACGUGAUACCAACAACGUUGAUGUAUCGAGUUUGGAGUACAGAUCUCAAAAUGAUAAGAGUAAACAGUGUUGUAAGAACGAAACGAUAAUAAAUACUAGGCCUGAAAACUUAAUCUUGUCAGUGGAUGGUGAAGAAAAUCAUCAAGGUGUCGGUCGUAAUGCGAUAACUGAGGCCAGUGCUGUCAUCCAUAGUCAAGAUAAAGAAACUGCACGAAUACUAAGGAUACUGGAAGAAAAUGGUGAAAAUUCAGGAAGAUCUAUCAGAUCGCGUAAAGACGACGAACAGAGUUCUCACAGUUGUGAAAUAGUUGAGUUGAGUACAGUAAAUAUCGUUCCUAGGCAAGAAAACUUAAGUAGCACAGUUGAUAGUUUGAACAAUUUCGGACAGAGUGAUAAUAAUCCAGGUAUAAAUACUCAUAAUUUGGACAUAGGAAGCGAGGGGAGUUCGACUAGCAGCGCGGCACCACUCUCUGUAAAUAAUGUGUUGAAAGAAGAGAGCAGGCGAGACAGUUUGCAGAAUAACGAGAGCUAUUUAAACCCUGAUAUAUCUGAAAUCUUGGGAACGUCGGAAAACAACGAAGUUUUGCAAACGCAAUAUCUGCUUAACCAGGUGUCGCAUGAAAACAAUGUUACUGGUGACGGAAUGCAUGUACAAAAUUCUAUGCCUGACAUCGAAUCGAAAAAGCUAAUAUCCGAGGCUAAUAAAACACUGUCUAAUUUAUUGUCCGAUGGCGAAUGUCAAAAUGAAAUCUCCGAGCAAACUGACUCUGGUAUAUGCACUGUGAUAUCGUCUGAAAACACAAGUCUGUAUGACAAAAGUCCCGAAGAGAAGAGAACCUUCCCACGUGAUGCUGAACACACUUGCGAAGAUGACGAGGAGGAUAUCGAAGAAAAUACGAGCUACUCAUGUUCGAAAAUAAAUUCACCAAAACGAAAGAAUUCCAACAUAUCAGAGAAUUCUUGCGUUUGCAGUCUGCGAAGCUCAAAGACUGUUACUUCAUUAGAUAGUUCGAUUGAGGUACAUGCUUUGAGUUCAAACGGUUUAGAUAGCGCUAAAAACAUUCCAAAGAUCUCUUCAAACUUUGAUGGUACAAACGAAGAAUUUGUCGGUUUAGCUUAUGGUAAUGGUCAGAUAUCUGUUUGUGAAGCGAAUCAGACGAGCUUUCAGAUAAACUAUUCGGAAAAUUGGGAGAAUUUGAAUCUUAACAUAGACGCGUCGACAUCGCGAAAGGAAUUCUGGAGUGAUUUGAAGUGUGAAAACUGUCCAUCGACAUCACAGAAGAUAGACGUGAUUGGUAAUAAGAUAGAAAAGUAUGCCCAGGACAAAAUGGCAAUCAAAAAAUUAAAAGAGGAUAAACAGAGGAGGAGAUACUUGAGAAAGUAUGAAAGAAGGGGGAGCAGGAAAGAACAUGAUGAUACUGCAAAGGUUUGCAGAAGCGUGCAAAAUUUACAAGUGCCUACAAGUACGGAAAGUUCAAGGUCAAAUUCCACGGAUCGUGGUUUAAAUCCAAGACUGACAAGUUUCGGUGCCACGUUACAUCCAAGUCAAAAUACGCGACAAAUGCCCAACUUUGGUAGCCACAGUCCGCACAUGAGUCCACGUUUGCAACAUUUUGAAACGCGAAGUACGCAAAGCAGUAGUCAGUACACAACGUCAUCUGUGCAAAAGCUGCACAGAAACUCGUCGAUGCAAAACAGAAAGCUUUUAGAUCACCGAAGAUCGAGAUCGGAACAGUUGGCUAGGAUGAAAAAAAGAGACUUAGGGAAAAGAGAUAAGCAUGACAAGCAUACGGGGGCAGGGAACGACAAUGCUAGCAACACUAAGAAGAAAAUUACCACAAAAGAAACUACAAGCUUAAUCAACGAUGGCUUAGGUCGCAGAACAGAUAAAAAUGGCUUGCCGGCCGAGCCUGUACAAACUACGUCCGAAAGUGUUCAUCAUUUCCAGUCACAAAGUUCAAGAGAAGUUAUCUCUAGCAAUGGAAAUUCCCAAAGAGCAACAAGGCUGGUCAACCCUGCGGUCGUCGCAAGAGCACAUCCUACUAGCCUCGAAAUAGUUUUGGUACAGAGAAAAGACAUUGGGUCGAGUUCCAGCUGUUCCAGCUACUGCGAUUCAAGUUCAGAAACAAGCGAAUUUCAAAGUGACUGUCAGGAUGAUGAGGAAAUCGCACUCGCCAUGCAAGCCGCUGAAAUUGCAAACAGAAACCAAAUCAGAGCGAAAUUCAGAUCGUCUGAGGAUUUGGUCCAUCGGUUGUUUGUCUGCGUCGCAGGAGUAGCCGAUCAGCUGCAAACAAACUUUGCCUCAGACUUGAGAAACAUCUUGAAGUGCGUAUUUCUCAUGAACAGUAGUCAGACGCCAGACGAGAUAGAGCCCGUGAAAGAUGAAAGCUUCGAUUCUUCUACCCAACUAGAUGCUGCUCCAAUAGAAACUGAUGAAAGAAGCAAUCCGGAGCAGGAAAUUCGAGAUGAUCAAAACGAAUUGGACGAAACAACACCAACGAACGAAAGAAUAUCGCCAAUAACUGAGCGUGGCGAAGAAUGUGUGGAACGCGCCCCAGCGUGGAUACCGGAUCAGGAUGCUCCGAGAUGUAUGGCCUGUCAUGCAGCUUUCACCGUAGUGAGACGUAGGCACCAUUGCAGAAAUUGUGGUAAAGUAUUUUGUGGCCGGUGUAGUAACAACAACGUACCGUUACCGCGAUACGGUCACACAAAACCAGUAAGAGUUUGCAAUCGAUGUUUUCUUUACCAAGUAACGCCGUUCACUGUAUCAGAGGUAGCGAUUACGAGCUAAAUGCCUUAGAAAAUAUAUUCAAGACGAAUUCAAUCAUUAAUCAAAGCCUGUGUUGAAUUUAAAAUAAAAAUCCUGUGGAAUACAUUAUCUGCUACGUAAUUGCAGCCGUUUUUCGCUACAUUAUUAUAUUAUAAAUAUUAUACAAAGUUCAUACGUUGCUUACGUGCGUCGUUAGAGCAACAGACUGCUUAAAUUUAUUCCAAGUAUAAGCGAAUGGCCGUAAGUUGAAUAAAAAAAUCUGAAUAAGGAUUGGAACUAAAAUCAGUUAACGAAACUAGAGAUUGCGUACAGCAGGGCCUUAACCGAGGUUUCAAAAGACUUAUCGACUCUAAAUCCGACAAAUCUAAAUCCGGUGAUUUAAUGAGUGUGGAUUUUUAAAUCUUAGGAACUCUGAUUUUUUUCUAAUUUAAAAAUUUUUCCGUUCUUUUUUCUUUUCAGUUCAGAACUUUUUCAAUUGACUUAUGUUUGGUAAUUCGACACACAAACGGUUAUAGAUUCUUGAGUCAGAAAGUGGCCAGUGUAAAGUCAAAUUUUAUAAUAUACUUAAUCUAUAGCGUUGCAUUAAUCUGCCUGAGCUAACCGAACUUAAUUUCUUAUAUUCUUAUAAUUUGAUCUAACAUUGAAGCAAACCAAACUUCUUACAGUGUACCUCGUUGAUUAACAGUUAUUACUAUGUAGUAACAAAAAACAAAAGCACCAUUUUUUUUUUUAUUCUUUCUAAUUUAUCUUCCGCUUAAAACGUCAAUGAAAAAUUGGUUCAUUUACUCGGUUGCUCAAUGGACAAUGUUAAUGUAAACGUAGCUCGAUUGAUGAAUGCUGAUAUGUGAAAAUAUGGAAAGUACGAAAACGAUGUGCUGUGUAAAAUGAACACUGUGUAAAUAGUCAAACGUGUCUAUCCGUGAUUAUUGUAAAUUUUUGUUUUUUUACCAUUUUACGGAGUGAUAGUUGAAAUUAUAUUUUACGGUUAGUACUUUCGGAUAAUUUGAACAGAAAGGACUCGACUAAUUGACUAUAACGAGAAUAUAAUUAAAUGUAAACUUAGUUUAGCCGGUGAAGACAAUAUAGAUUGAGUGUAAACAUAGGUAGUGGCUUAAAACGUUAUACAGCAAAACAAUAAUUAAUCAUUAAAAUAUAUGUAUGUUCAAAAAAGCGCAUGGGCGAUGAAAAACGAGGUGCAAUAAUAAUAUCAAACUUUUCGAGAUAACUGCAGACUGCGUUAUGUGAAAACUUUCACUAGUUAUCUGUAUUGGUUUUUGUUGAUGGGAAUAAAUAUGAGGAACAAGCGAAUUAGAUUUCCUGUACUUUAAAAAUUGCAUGUGCAUAAUUAUAAAUUUCUACACGUUCUGCGACGAAUUCACCAAAGUGCAGACUUUAAUCUGCUGUUAAAAAAAUUUGUUUCAAUUUUCGAAAGUUACUGAAAAGUUUAUACGCAUACAUUCAAUACUGACUUACAAAUCAGUAGAGCACUGUUCAAUAUACUGUAAAGGUAUUCUUUUUCUUCCAUAUUAGAUUAAUUCCAGGCAUCAAAUGUUUAAAUAAUCAACAACUUACGCUUCCCUUUCACAUAAUUUACGUGGUAUUAUUGCUUAGCUUUGGCAAUAAAAUAACGAUACUUAUAAAAGAUUAUCUCUCAACAUACAAGUGAUGACUCACUAGUGUUUCUAAAGGCUAAAUAUAAAACUAAUUUUUCGAGAUACGAAUAGAUGUAAAGUUUUAUUACAAAUAACUGUCGAUCGACGUUGACUCAUAUGAUAUUUCAAACCAUUCUUGCUUUGAUAGAGCAGUGUUCAAAUAACAAUUCUCUACUUGGAACGCGGUUCAAAUAUAAUACAUAUUACAUACAUUUUGAAAUCUUUGAAACCUCAAUAAAAAUUUCAUAAUACCGAUUCUUACGAUAUAAAAUUGAAUAAAUGUUCCCAAAUACUUUCAAGCUUUCUCAAAAUGUGUUCCAAAUACUAUAUAAUAUUCAUUCUCGUUAUUGCGUAUCGAGUACGAGAUAUAAUGAAAAUAACGAUCUAAUAACAUUCCUUGUAAUUAAAAGAAAAGUAGUAAAAUGAGUUUGGUGCGUUUUGCUGAGUGAUAAAAAUCUACGUCAUGAAAAUGUGUAGCGAAAAUUUUUGGUUUCCUUAUGACUAAGAUGUGAUGCCCAAAAAACUAUAUGCCGAAUAAGGAGAUUAAGUAGGGUCGAAGGAAAAUGUAUUUUUCACAUAUUGACGCCUUGUUAUAGAACACCCAUGUAUUCAUUAAUUGUAUUAAGUGUAAAAAUUUUAUCACGAAAUUGAUUAUUUUUUCUGAAGAACACGAAAACAACAAAGUUUAAAAAAAUUAAAAAUUGCAUACAAAACUAUUAUAUGUAUAUACAGGUUAUAUUUAACAUUACAUUUCCGUUAGAAUUAUUUUUAUAUUAUCUGUCCAAUAGAAUCGUUAUUGUAUAAGGUAUACGCAUCCGUUUUAUGCUUUGGCUGACUAUGCUCAUAUAUGAUAAAAGCUAAAAAUUGAAAAGUAAAAAAAGAAAUUUCUGAAUUUUAAAGGUAAUACUAGCAUAGCGUUCUCAAUAAUAACAAUAAUAAUAUAUUUAAGGAUAAUAAUCGAUAAUAAAUUUAUGAAAUCGUUCUACAAUUUCUAUAUAAGCAUAGUCACUGUAACGGCAAAGAAAUUGAAAAACAAAUAAAUAAUACUAAUAAGAAAAAUAAUAAUCUUAAAAAUAAGAACAUAUGUAUGUGCGCACGUAGAAUAAUGAUUAGUAAUAUCGUAUUGUGAAUAUGUGUUUGACCAAUAUUCGAUAUACUCUGGUUUUGGUUAUAAACUUAUAUUAAAACAUGAAUGUAAAUAAAAUUUGUUAUUUAAGACGUUGAAA